AUGGCCCCGUGGUCCGCACCUCCUCCGCCUCCGCCUCCGCCUCCACCUCUCGCCGCGCCGCCGCCACCCGGCGCCUCGGUUAAGGGCCCGCCGGCGCGCAAGCUGCUUUUCAUGUGCACCUUGUCCCUGUCCGUCACCUACCUGUGCUACAGCCUCCUGGGCGGCUCGGGCUCCCUGCAAUUCCCUCUGGCGCUGCAGGAGCCGCCGGGCGCCGCCGCCGAACCCCCGCCAAGCCCGCCGCCACCCUCUCUGCCGCCUCCCCCCGUGCGCCUCGGCGCCCCCUCGCAGCCGCCCGCGCCGCCGCCGCCGGACAACGCGAGCCGCGGGGAGCCGCCCGAGACCCCCGAGCAGCCCGCCGCCCCCGGGGCCGACGGCUGGGGACUGGCGAGCGGCGGCGGGGGCGCCCGGGACGCCUGGCUCCGGGCCCCGCUGGCCUCUGGCGAGAUGGUCACGGCGCAGAGCGCGCUGCUGGAGAGGGAAGCGCAGGAGUCCAGCACCACCGACGAGGAGCUCGCAGGCCGGAGGGCGGCCAACGGGAGCAGCGUGAGGGGCGGCGCCGUCAGCACCCCCGACUAUGGGGAGAAGAAGCUGCCACAGGCGCUUAUCAUCGGGGUCAAGAAAGGAGGGACCCGCGCCCUGCUGGAGGCGAUCCGAGUGCACCCGGACGUGCGGGCGGUGGGCGUAGAGCCGCACUUCUUCGACAGGAACUAUGAAAAGGGGCUGGAAUGGUACAGAAAUGUGAUGCCUAAGACUUUGGAUGGGCAGUUAACCAUGGAGAAGACACCAAGUUACUUUGUGACCAAUGAGGCCCCCAAGCGCAUCCACUCCAUGGCCAAGGACAUCAAACUCAUCGUGGUGGUGAGAAACCCCGUGACCAGGGCCAUCUCCGAUUACACCCAGACACUGUCAAAGAAACCCGAGAUCCCCACCUUCGAGGUGCUGGCCUUCAAAAAUCGGACCCUAGGGCUGAUCGAUGCCUCCUGGAGCGCCAUUCGAAUAGGGAUCUAUGCUCUGCAUCUGGAAAACUGGCUCCAGUAUUUCCCCCUCUCUCAGAUCCUCUUCGUCAGCGGUGAGCGACUCAUAGUGGACCCCGCUGGGGAAAUGGCCAAAGUACAGGAUUUUCUAGGCCUCAGGCGUGUUGUGACUGAGAAACAUUUCUAUUUCAACAAAACCAAGGGGUUCCCUUGCCUAAAGAAGCCAGAAGACAGCAGCACCCCCAGGUGCUUAGGCAAGAGCAAAGGUCGGACUCAUCCCCGCAUCGACCCCGAUGUGAUCCACAGACUGCGGAAAUUCUACAAACCCUUCAACAUGAUGUUUUACCAAAUGACUGGUCAAAAUUUCCAGUGGGAACAGGAAGAGGGUGACAAAUGA